AAGACGUCUCUGCUCCUUACGGAAAUUUCAUUCAUUCAUUCUUCUUCGUUCCAAAGAACAAAUCAGUUGACGAAGAAUGAUGCAGGCUUACACGAGGCGCUUAGGGCAUCAGUUUCUGAAGCCAUCGCCUGCGUUCUCAACUCUGAAACCCGCUUAUUCACUCUCAGAUUAUGGGAGCGAUCAUCCACGCUACGGAUCCACCCUUGCCACCAAAGGUGUGGAGCAUCUCGUUCGCAAAGGUACAGGUGGAAGAUCAUCAGUAAGUGGUAUUAUUGCGACUGUGUUUGGAGCUACUGGGUUUCUUGGUCGUUAUGUUGUUCAACAGCUUGCUAAAAUGGGAUCUCAAGUUUUGGUUCCUUUUAGAGGUUCGGAAGAUUCUCCUCGGCACCUCAAAUUGAUGGGUGAUUUGGGACAGAUAGUACCAAUGAAAUAUAAUCCAAGAGAUGAAGAUUCAAUUAAGGCCGUAAUGGCGAAGGCAAAUAUUGUUCUUAAUCUUGUAGGAAGAGAGUAUGAGACCAGAAACUACAGUUUUGAGGAAGUGAACCAUUCUAUGGCUGGACAGCUUGCUAUGAUUGCUAAAGAACAUGGUGGCAUCAUGAGAUUUAUUCAAGUUUCUUGCUUAGGGGCAUCUCCAUCAUCACCGUCCAGGAUGCUAAGAGCUAAGGCUGCUGCAGAGGAAGCAGUUAUGAGAGAAAUACCAGAGGCCACAAUUAUGAGACCUGCCGUCAUGAUUGGAACAGAAGAUCGAAUUUUGAAUAAUUGGGCGCAUUUUGCAAAAAAUUACGGUUUUCUUCCACUCAUCGGUGAUGGAUCAACCAAAAUCCAACCAGUGUAUGUUGUUGAUGUUGCUGCUGCAAUUAUGUCGUCUUUGCAAGAUGAUGCCAGCAUGGGUAAAGUAUAUGAACUUGGUGGACCAGAGAUUUUCAGAGUACAAGAACUGGCAGAGUUGAUGUAUGAUAUGAUCCGUGAAUGGCCACGUUAUGUGAAAGUUCCUUUCCCCAUUGCGAAGGCCCUUGCAUCUCCUCGAGAAUUCUUACUCAAUAAAGUUCCAUUUCCUUUACCCAUCCCCAGCAUUUUCAAUUUGGAUCAGAUCAAUGCUCUUACUGUAGACACAGUAGUGUCAGAAAAUGCUUUAACAUUCGGUGAUCUUGGGCUUGUGCCCCAUAAGCUGAAGGGGUAUCCCACUGAGUUUCUCAUCCAAUAUCGUAAGGGUGGACCAAUGUUUGGUUCUACAGUCAGUGAAAGAGUAAAUCCUGACUCGUAUCCAUAAGGGACAGCAUCUUUAGUUUGCAAUUUUUCCUUUUCCUGUACUGAGGUUGCAUCUAUUCUCAAAACUGCUGUCUGAGUGGAGACUUUUUCAACCAGGUAUAUUAUUACUUGAAAAACUAAGCUACCACUAAACAGCAGGCAUUUAAUGACAUUUAUUUGUAACAACUUGCAAGGAUGCAUCAAUAAGUUGAGUGUAUACUGACCCGCAUUAAGGGCUGCGUUGCUUUUUACAGCUUUAUGGGGCGGCUCAGUGCGAUGGAGGUUAUCUGGGAAAGAAUAAUUUUGUGUUAACUCUUCUCAAAUGAUAAAGAACAGGUUCAUUAUUUCCAGUCUCUGUAAUUAUUCGCAAAAUCCGAAUGUUUGGGCCUGGUUCCAAAGCCCUCACUUUAAUGUCACAUUUUAUUACUCUCUUGGUCUUUUGGCAUCCUUAAUGAGUUAUACAUGCGCUUAUAUUGAUCCUUCGUGUUAUGAAUUUGAGUAA